AUGCGUCGCCUCGAGAUCGUUUUGCUGGCUAGCUUGCAGCUAUGCGCAGCUCGGUCGCGUGGGUUCAACGUCCACGAGGACCUCUUGACUUUCCCACAGUACGAAGUUGUGUAUACCGACGAUAAAUGGAUAUCAGAGAAGGAGGCGCAAGCCCUCCUAAAUGAUAAUCCCGCUUCGCAGCCGACCAUCUCUACCGAUCUCGCCAAAUCGACCCCUCACCAAGGUCAAGGCGCUGAUGAGCAGGAUGUUACGGAACGAUCAUACCAGAUAAUGAAGAUUCCCCCGCACCAGUACUUGUGCUCGAUCCCCGUCCUACAACCUGCGAUCCCGGAAAACCAGACAGCACACGAAUUGGAAAAAGCAAGGGCCGAGGAAGCGCAGGAACUGAGUCGGGCGACAGUUAACGGCUGGGAGCUCCUGAGUGACUUGGGGGAUUCCUGCCUCUACUUCAUGUCGGGGUGGUGGAGCUACAAGUUCUGCCAGAACACGGAAAUCGUGCAGUUUCAUGCUGCCGCCGCCACAGGCCCCAACCAGCCACCGCAGAGAGAUCCGCAGACUGCUGAAUUCAUCCUUGGAGCUACUCCUGCGAUCCCAUCGACAUCAUUACAGAAGAGCCGGAAGAGCGCCGACGCGAACCCGCUACCUGCCGAGGUGCAGGUGAAGGGCGAUCAGCGAUAUCUGGUGCAGAAGCUAGAGGGGGGCACGAUUUGCGACCUGACGGGUAGAGCACGAACAAUUGAGGUCCAAUAUCAUUGCGUCCCCGGACUCAAGCAAGCUAGGAUUUCAUGGAUUAAGGAGGUCACGAUUUGUGCCUAUCUGAUGGUAGUUAACACCCCGCAGCUCUGCCAGGAUGUGGCGUUCCUGCCACCACAGGAGGCAAAAGCUCAUCCUAUCAACUGCCAACUUGUUCUACCAGAGGGUGCCAGCCCGCCACUCCUCGAGGGGACAAAGCAGAAUUUGCAGAAUACUGUUCCUGACAUUGACGAGGAACGGACGCCAGCCAACCAACAACCUUUGCAACCUGGUGCAUCGAACAAGCAAGGUGUGGUUAUUGGUGGCGUGGUUGUUGGUGCACGCAACCUUCUCUCUGGAGCCGACGAGGCUGGUCAGCCGCCCAUGAAGCUGAACACGCCUAAGAAUUACUUCAAAGGAGAUGAGUUAGACACCGAAGCCCUGAUUGACCUGAUUGCCCAAGCUGCUAGUAAGGCUAACGGCGGUAAAGUUGAGAUGAGGACUCGGGAGGACCUGGAGAGGAUGGAGGUGGAUCUCAAGGACGUUGAAGAGAUGCGGGCUGAGAUGGAAAGGAUCGCUGGAGAUUUGGGUUGGAGGCUGGAGAUUGUGGAGCUCCCAAACGAAAAUAUCCGAGAGUUACGGGGCUACGUGGACAGUGUUGAAGAAGCCGAAGACGAGUCCGACGACGAGGACGGGAAGCCCACGACUCAGAACUCUGAUCAGUCUGGCAAGUCCAAGGGAAACACCCCCAAUAGAGCGGAAAAGCCUCGCAAGAAGGAGGAGGGUAGCAAGGAGAAGUUCUUCAAGGACGAGCUGUAG